AAUACGGUUUUGCAGUCGACUUCUUCGGAUCUUUCUUCUGUGUAGUUUUUGUAAAAUUUAUUUUUGUUAAAUAUUUUCUAAAAAUAGUUAAAUAAUUUGUUGAAAUAUAAGUGCAAAAGUGAACACAGAAGUUAAAGCAUACAAAAAUUCAUAUAUUUUUAACAAAUUUCACCCACGAAAUCAAGUGUAAAAAAGUGUGGAAAAAUUACUCAUCAAAGCAAAAAAAAAAGGCAGAGUAUCUGAAGAUUUUCCAUUUUUUUAACAUUGCAACUUUUGUGCUGCUGCCGCUGUUGCUGUUUUCCUGAGUUUGUCUGGUGUGUGCAUAAUAAUAAAUAUAAAAAAGUGUUGCUUGUUUGUUUUAUUUUUUUUUCCUAUUUGGUGCUACAACAUACCGAUUAGGGACGGCUCUGCCGCAGUCGACCGAGCAAGCGUCUUAACAAUAAGAAAACGAAAAUCAAAACUAAAAAUUAUAAUAAAUUUAUUGUUUUUGUUUAUUCUUUUAUGGAAAAAGAAGUUUAUACAUCCAGUACAUACAUAUUUAUCAACCCACUAGAUAUUUUUGUGUAGAAUUAACUGACAACAACAACCACAACAAUCUAAAUCGAGAAAUAAUAUAAAAGCAUAAUUUAAUAAAAAAAACAAAACACAAAAAAACCUUAAUAGUUGUUGUUGAUUGAUUUCUAUAUUUUACUGCCAGUGUUUUAUAUUUUUGUGUGUGAAAGAUAUUUUAAUUAAAAAAAGCAACAUAAAUACAAGAAGCAAAUAUACAAAUAAUCAAAUAUUAAGUGAAUUUUAAUACAAAAAUUGUUAAGUGUUUCAAUACAGCAUUAUUUUUGGUAUUGAAUACUUGAGAACGCAAACGUUAUAUAAAUCAUUAUUGAAUCAAAUCAAAAUUAAAGCGCCUUAUCGGAGCAGCAAUUGAACUCCAUAAAAAUUAAUUGCAAAAAAAAAGAUAUUAGAUUUUAUUUGUAUGCGAAACAACAAGAAGAAAAUUAAACAAAACGACGACGUUAUCUGUUGCACUUGAAGAACAAAUCAAAGAAAUAUGGAUCAACCACUUAUAGUGCAGGCCGAAUAUUCCUUUAAGGGUGGCAACAAUGAUGAAUUGUGUUUCAAAAAAGGUGAUCUAAUCACGGUGACACAACGCGAAGAAGGUGGCUGGUGGGAGGGUACACUCAACGAUAAGACUGGCUGGUUUCCCAGCAAUUAUGUUAUGGAAUACAAAGCACCUCUACCCAUCACAGACUCAAUAAGACCACCCGAGGAGAUCCAAGAAUAUAGAUCGGUUGUGCUGAAGGAUCUAUUGGAUUCGGAAAGAGCACAUGUUGCAGAGAUACAGGGUUUAUUGGAGAACUUUUUGGAACCACUGCAGCAAACACAAAUACUCAAUGCAGAUGAGUAUGCUCAAUUAAUGUGCAAUUUUGUCGAGGUUGUCAAGACACACGAAGAGUUACUUACACAAAUGGAAGAGUGCAACGAUCGUGUGGGCAAAUUAUUUCUUAAUAAGGCACCAUAUAUGAAACAAGUACAUCAAGCCUAUUGUGCACAACAUCCCAAAGCCAUUGUUAUUUUAGACAAAUACAAAGAUGAAUUGGAGAAAUAUAUGGAACGUCAAGGUGCUGCCACUCCCGGUCUUUUAGUACUCACCACGGGUUUGUCAAAACCAUUUCGACGCUUAGACAAAUACUCGGCCAUGUUGCAAGAGUUGGAGAGACACAUGGAGAGCAGCCAUCCCGAUCGUGGUGAUACCCAACGUAGUGUAGCGGUUUACAAAGAUAUUGCUGCCACCUGUUCUGCUACCAGACGACAAAAGGAAUUAGAACUACAAGUAUUGACUGGUCCUGUACGUGGCUGGCAGGGCCAAGAGUUGAGCUCAUUGGGAGAAAUUAUACACAUGGGCAGUGUAGCAGUUGGCUCUGAUCAUCGUGAUCGUUAUUUUGUUUUAUUUCCACAAACGUUGCUUAUAUUAAGUGUCAGUCAAAGAAUGAGUGCCUUCAUUUAUGAGGGCAAACUACCACUCACCGGUAUCAUUGUGAAUCGUCUCGAAGACUCCGAUACCUACAAAAAUGCCUUCGAAAUCAAUAGUCCUCUCAUUGAUCGUAUUGUUGCUGUGUGCCAAGGACCCAAUGAUGCCAACAAAUGGGUGGAUCUGCUAACAUCAACCAAUGUCAGUAUGCCCAUUGGCAUUAAACGUCAACAUAGCAAUUUAAGUAAUGCCUCCAUAAGUGGCGGACACAUAUCCACACCACCCAAUCAUAUGUCACCACCAGCCAAUCACAGCUUGCUAAGUCAACGCAUGAACAGUCAACAACAACAGCAGCAAUCCAUCACGAACUCAAUGGUGGGGAGAGAAAACCCAGUAACAGUAGUGGCAGCAGCUCAAGCUCAGGCCGGCCAACAGCAACAGCAGCAGCUGCAGUCGUCGGCACUUCCGUCACAACACAAACGGAGCCUUUCAUUCAAUCACCACCUCAGCUACAAUCAAUACACACACACUCAGCAUCAACAGCCUCAUCAAAUGCAUCAUCAACAACAACCACCAAGUCUACCAAGUCAUCCAGUGGCAGCUCAAAACCACAAAUCAAAUUUAGUCCAGACAUCGAACAGUAUUUCGAAGAUCAUGGGCCCAGCACUUCCAGCACAAAACAUGGCCACAAACGCAAGGACCGGAAGCACAAAAGCUAAUUGGAGUAUAACAAAUAUGCGUCCAGCACCACCCCUACGACCCAAUCUUUUGAAUUCAAAUACUACCGGUGGCGGUGGCAGUAGUGGGAGUCGUAGUGAUGGUGGUGGUGUGGCCAGUUUGAAUUCCUUAUCCAGUUAUUGUAGUGGUCGUAAAAAUCAACCAACUUUUGAAGAAGAUGCCUUAGUGUUGCGUGUUUUUGAAGCCUACUGUGCUGCCUACCAAAAUAACACACGUAACACCAUACAUUCGGCCUUGCAACCAUGGACACCUUGUUUGCCAAUACGUGGUGGCAAAUUGAAAACCAGUAAACAUUUUUCAACAUCAAAUCCACAUCUUCCAUUUCUGUGCAAUACAGGAGUACAAUUUCCUGGCGCAAACAAUGUAAAUAAUAAACAAAACUCAACCAGUAGUCUUAACUCAUCGUACAUCUGGCGUGAAGCAAGUCCCAACAAUUUCAAUCUGUACUCAUCAUCCAUAUCGUCUUUAAAUGCCACAGGUUAUCGCUAUUCUCUGACGGGUUCAACUGGUGCAGGAGCAGCAGCAGUUGGUGGAGGGGCAACUGUAGCAGGUGCAGCUGGUAACAAUGCCAAUAUGUCGCCAGGUGGCAGUGGCUUAGAUUAUAGAGCUCUGUCAGAGGAGAGAGCCACUAGAAAGUCAUUGAAUCGUUUAAAGAGUGGUUUUGGUUCUGGUUACGAUAAUAUUUUCAUGACACCUCUGUUGCCACGUAAAAACAAGGGCUCUCCCAAGAUUGUAAAGAAUUCCUAUCAACGACCUCCCACCCCGGUCAGAAAUUUAUCCGAAGAUAGACAAUCAUCUACAAGUAGUGUGAACCGACAGCUGCCUAAUCAUCCGGGUCUCUAUGAUAGACGUUUAAAUCGUUCCUUUGAAACUAGCACUUCACAUCGUUAUGCUGGCUAUGGCGGUGGUUACAUGAUGGGCUACGGCCUCAAAACUACUUCACUAAGGCGCAGUACACCACAACUGCCGGCGGAUGGUGUGGACAGUGAUGAUCCCGAUUGUCAUCAGCUGGGCCAAAAAGGCUGCACCGAAGCGUUACUGAGAAAUGGUCAUGGCUCGACUGCUGGCCCCAGAACGAGCACUUGUGCGGGUGGAAAUGGCGAUGGUGAUUCUCAAGGACAUGCGGGCAAUUGGUGUUGUGGGUUGGAAAAUGAGGAUAUGACACCCACCCUACGUCAAUUAUGGACUGCCAUACGUCAAUUGCAACAGGAUAUGACACAAAUUAAACAGAUAAUCAAUGAUGAAGUUGCCUUGCGUGUUAAUUUGCAACAAUUGUUGAUGCAACAUUUAGAAACUGGCAGUACAUCCAGUAGUAGUACACCGAAAUGCUGACUAUGGAAGUAAAUUGCUGGUAGUAUUGAUUGAUUGAUUGAUUGGAUUGAAUGAUUUGCUAAACAAACCACGACAAUCGAUUAUACG